UUUCAUUUCACUUACCAGGAUUCCGGAAUAAGCCUUGAUUACAAUCACCAGUAUAAAAUUAAUCAAUCAAACAUCUGGCUUUUUUUUCUUGAUAAAAAAUGAAAGAACAGUGUCAAAAUGUAUUUUAUUUUUCUUCACUAUAUUUUAUUUUAUUUUUCUUUCCUUCAAUUUAUUUAUUUUCCUUUAAUUUGUUUUAUAAUAAUAUCAAACCAUGUCCAGCAUAGAAUCCAUCCAAGCGCUCAACAUUCUGAUGAAACGUGCACCCUCAAAGCGUGUGCGCAAAGAACGUAACAGACAAAACGUCACGGCAUUUAUCCGGCGCAAAACCCCCACCACAGAGCCAUCCACCACCACUGCCAUAGAGACAUUAUCACCAAAAGAACUUACAGUAACCAAAAAACUUUCGGAAAAGGAGCUCCAGCUCGAACGCAAUACCAAGACACUCCGCGCCGUUAGCAAAUUGGUGACCAAGAAAAACAAGGACUUGCAGAAGGACGUUUUGGAGCUAUUGGCCGCGCAGAGGGAGCAGAGAAGAGCCAAGCUGCACAAGAAGAAGCACAGCCUGUCGUAUUUUGACUUUGAAGAUCAAGAGUGAUUUAGCAAGAAAUAAAGAAAUGUAU